AAGAGUUUAUAUUAUCAUUUCCUUCAUAUUUUAUUAUAAUUUCCCGUAUUUUGAGUUAUUUUAAUUGCCAAUUUUGGUCACAAAAUGUCCCUUUCGCGGCAUUAAAGUCUCGUAUCACGCCAGAAAUUGCCGAAAAUCAGUACUUGAGAUUGCACGAUGAGCGACGUUACACGUCCCGUUCCAGCGCCGCGUCGCACAAAACAAAAGUUAGAAGCCGAUGAAACUGAUAACAAUCGUUUUACAAAGUACGAGAAUGUGGUAUUAGUCAACAAAAGUGACGAUGAUAAGUCCGCACCCACACAAAAAGCGGAAGUUUAUGAAAAUGUGCAGCUGCUAAAGGCGAACGACAUCAAAAUUUCAGAAAAAAUUGAGCAAAAAAGUGAAAAACUUGAAGAAAGUGUGAUAAAAAUCGAAGAAAAAUUGGAAAAUUUAACGAAUGUGCCAAAACCCGCACCUCGUAAAAAAGUUUCCGCAUCAAAAGAAGGCACUCCAACAGCUGAUGAACCCGAAAAAGUGCCCGACAAGACUGAAAAACACGAAGAAAAUGUCGUACGUUCAACGGGAGCGAUUCGAAAAGUACCCGUGCCUCCCGAAAUUCCGCAUAAAAAAUUAUCUUCGAGUCAAAGUUACGACCUUUCAAGCAGUAAUGGACGUCUCGAGCGCAGUAAUAGCAUCCAUUCAUCAAAUAGCGGCGCCAGCAUGGACAGUUCGACACUUUAUAAGACAUCAUCGCCGAAAGAUUUGCUGAAAUCCAUUGGAGCAACAUCGAAAUUGCUCUCAGAAUCGUUGACGGAACGGGCAAAACACAAAAUCGACAAGAAUUAUCGUCGAUCAAAGGAGAAAAUGGAGUCUUGGACCCUGGAAAAGAAGAAAACUGCACAAAAAAAGUUGAAAAAACUCACCCCAAAUAGCAUUUUGCGGAAUAAAAAGCACGAAAUUGACUCCGAAACGGACUCGUCGCGAAUGAGUCUGCCGGUUAAUGAUUCUGUUGUGUUCCGCGACUUGAGUUUUACGAGUCCAUUGAGUAGCAAAGCGAAUAAUAUCGAGGAUUUGAGUCGCUUGAGCAUGUAUGAAGUCCCAAAAUUGAGUCGCAGGGUAAAGGAGCCUCUUCCAACGUACGAGGAAGUUGUCAAAAACGACGAAAACUGGGACCGCUUGGAUUUCAAAAGAAACGAUUUAACAACAAAAAGCUUGUCUAAGCUCAAUAACAAGAAAUCGAACGUAGAACAGACGAGUUUGACACGAAUCAAGAGCGAAACGAACGUUUUAGAUGCAAUUGCUUCAGUUUCGUCUUCGAGCACGUCGUCUAUCGAUAGCAUUCCAUGCCCGAAUUAUCCGGCGCCCGUUUUGCCCGGCACUGACGGGAUUUACGGGAAAAUUAAAAAGUUACCCAAACGCAUUUCUGAUGACGAGGAUGACUCGGAUGAGGAAGUUUUGUUGAGAGAAAAGCCAGAAUACACGGGAACUGUUCGUGCGACUUAUGAUGUCAAUGAGAGCUUGUCAUAUCCAUCGUCGAACAUCAGUAAAUGGUCGUAUAUUGAUCAAAGUGCCUUGGAAAAUGAUUCGAGCUCGCCGGAGCCUGUUUAUGCGAAUAACGAGAGCAGUUCCGCUUUACUUUACGAGAAAUUAAGUGAGAUGCAGACGAAUUUGUUGCAUCCGGUGGCUUCAACUUCCGUCACAGAGCGAAUUGAGACCACCCGAGAUGACAUGAACAACAUUUUAGACGCGAGUUUUGAAGUUGUGCAAGAAUUUGAUCCGUUAUUGCAUCCAAAAACGGACAGUUUGAACCUCAUUGAGAACCUGAUGAGCGGCGAUAAUUAUACAAAUGUUCAAAUUGUGCGUGGCAGCAACAAAGACAGCUCCGAUGGCGACAGUAUUCAAUCGGAAAACCUUCCAACGCCUCCUGAGAGGUUCGAUUCGUUGCCCCAACCAUCCGCAGAGGAAGAAACCAAGGUCAAAACGCCUCCCUUACCACUCUCGUUGCUGCGAAAGAAGAAAAAAGAUCCUGCGGAGAAGAAGCCCUCCAUGAUAAUUCAUCAAAAUUUGUCCUUAAGAGCGGAUAGUACCGAGAAUUUAUGCGAUGAGGCAUCCGUUGUUCCAUAUUUAGCUAAAAUUGAGGACCCCGUAGUCGCUAAUGAGGUCGAUUUGCGUAAACCCCAUAAGAAAACUACCAUUUGGCAUGAUCUCAGUGACGAUCCCAGCAUCUUUGAGAAGAGUACGAGCAUCGAUCCCGUCAACGUUAGUGCAACAAAGACGGAAAAAGUGACAAAAUCGAUGAUUCCAAUCAUUCCUCCAGCUCCAACGGCAACAAAUAACAACAAUACAGACGAAAUUCUGCCGACAUAUGAUGAAGCAAUGGCUUUAGGACUUGCCCCCAGCCCAUCUACAUCUUCGAUAAGCUUCAAAAAUCGUUUCGUCAACUUGCUGGGCAACAUCAAACGUCGUCCAAGCCUGAAACAAUCAAAACCUGAGGUACGAACACUGUUGGAAAUGGUCCCAAAACCACCGUUAAAUGACAAAUACAUUUCUCAUCGUGGUCAUUUACUGAAAUUACCCAGCGGAGCCUUAGAAGAUCUCAUGAAGGAACUUAGUCAGAGGUACUUUGAGAUAAGAGAUCAAAAACUCGUGACUUUUCAGGACCAAAAUAUGACCCAGAUCAAGGAAACGUUCCCUUUGAAGUUCAUUACGAGCAUCCAAACGGUCAUUAGUAACAAAUUCAACUCGGAAAGUGGCGUCGAAUUGCAUUGUUUUGAGAUAAAUGUCGCAAUUCCGAAAAUGUCUCCCAAUACCACGAUGACAAAUGCGAAUUUGAUACUGACAACUGGCAACAAUGGGAAUGUAAAGACACAGAAAUCGAGUUAUAUCUAUGGAUUACAUCGAAAAACUGAACGAAAUUCGGUUAUGAAAAAGAUUUUGGAGUCCUUCAUCGAUAAAUUUCCCGAAAAUUAUACUUCUGAGUUCACGCGCUGUGGUUGGUGUUACAUGAAAAAAUCAAUUUCUUCAGAAUGGACUGGCGCCUGGUUGUUAUUGUGUCGUCGCCGCUUGCUUUUCUACAAUUUCACCGAUAAAAUAAUCGAAAAUUUAGAUUUACGCAAAGCUCGUCUACUUACAAUGAAGGAAAAUGACGAUAACAGCAUCUCGAAUUUGCAUGUCGAGAAAGGUCCGUGCUUCUUAAUCGAUUGUCCGCCGUACACGACGCUGUAUCUGAUCAUGGAUUCAUCGAAAGAGACCAAAAUGUGGAAGAAUAUCGUCAAAGAUGCCGCACAUUCCAACGGAUCGACACUCAAGCAGCAGCAACUCACGAAAGAUAAUGUUCCCGUCUUAAUCGACAAGUGCAUCAACUUUAUUUAUGCUUAUGGGUCCAUGACGGAAGGCAUUUAUCGUAAAGUUGGAUCAGCAUCGAAUGUUCAAAAGUUGCUUAAACAAUUCAGAACUGAUGCAUUUGCCGUGGAAUUGACCCGUGGCGAGUAUAGUGAACACGACGCGUCAAGUUGCCUGAAGAAAUUCAUGCGAGAUUUGCCAACUCCGCUACUUGGGCUUCAAAGUAUGCAAUUUAUCGCCGUUUCUGAUAUGAGAAAUGAACAGGAAAAGGUCAAAUGUUACCAAGAAUUGCUCGAAAGACUUCCCUCCGUGGAAUAUCAAACACUAAAAAAGAUCGUGGGACACUUGCAUUUCAUCGAAUCGCAAAAAAUCCGCAACAAAAUGAACAUUGACAACCUUUCCAUGGUAUGGGGACCAACAUUGAUCCGAAAUCCACAAUGCGAAGAAGUCCAAUAUUCGCAAAAGGAAUGCGAUGUCAUCAAAGAUUUGAUUCAACAUUUCAAGGCAUUGUUCCCGCUCACAGGAGAAGAAGUGCGAAAGGAACAAAUUAUGCUCUCUGUAUUGAAAAAAUAUCAUGAAGCGGCGGAAAAUCUCUCAGAUGUCAAAAAAUCCGGCGAUUUAAGGAUAUGGAUUGCAGUCGACGCUAAUCCAGAAAAUCCUGAGGAAGAAAAAUUGCAAGUAAAUGUCACUUUGACGCCUUUAAAGACAGUUUAUGAGGUUUGUAAGGAACUUAGUCCCAAAUUGAAGCUUGAGGCGUACAAAACAACUCUCGUGGAAAUCAUCAACAACAAAGAAUUGGAACGUCCCAUGCAUUACAAUGAAAAAGUUCUUGAUACUGUAUGCAGAUGGACAAACUGGUCCGAAGAAGAUCGCAAAAACAAUUGUCUCAUAAUUCGCCCUACAAAAUUCCUGUAUGAAAUUGAACGUUGCUUAUCUACACAACCAACUCUCACGCCAAACAGCGAACUAAAAUUCGCAGAUCGCAAAUCGAAGAACCUAAAACCGUUCAUUCUUGAAUUAACGGACUCUAGAAUUACGGUUAUGAAGCGCGAAAAGCAAAAUGUCGUAAAAGUCAAGGAUAUUAGCUUGAAUCAAGUGACGGCAUACAUUGGCUGUGAAUCGAAACGCGAACAAAAUUUGAGAUGGGCGAUUACUUUGAUCGAAAGUGACUUUAAAAAGCGCACAAAAGACUCCCCGUACUCUGGCUUAGUAUUCGGCGGUGACGUUUACAGCGAUUUAAUUUUAUGGUAUUCAAGUAUCAUUCACAGUUUGCACAAAAACGAUUUACUGCCGCAGCCAGAUUUGGUGAUUCCCUGAAGUAUGUAGUAACGUUUUGUGUUCAAAUUGCUUAUUUUAGCAUUUUUCCGUAGGCAAUAUUAGUUUAAAAUUUGUAUUUAGUCGAAUAUUUUUUCGACAAAUUAUAUGUACGUUAGAAAAUUUGUAUUUUGUAUAAAAAAAAGAAAUUAUUUUAAAAUAAAAUUAAAAAAAAAUUUUCAAGUGAUAUUGAAGGACUUUUUAUUAAG